GUCCUCCCCGCCAGAUGAAAGUGAGACUCGUCGCCCUCGUGUCCAAUGCCAGUACUGCGACAAACCCGGCCACACUGCGAAGCAAUGUUUCCAACUUCAUCCACAACGACGCACCCAGGCGCAUCACACCAACCACUCAGCUCGUCCUUCCGAGUCUCGAGCUGGUGGUUCCUGGCUCAUGGACUCGGCAGCAACUCAUCACGUCACGAACGACUUAGGCAACCUUGCCUUAUACUCAGAUUACAAUGGCCCGGAUGAAGUGUACCUAGGCGACGGUUCAGGACCUUCGCACGGGGGCGCCGCUGCUGAAAGGAAGGAACAAGGGUGAUACAUAUGAGCUUCCCGGUGGCUCAUCGGCGGUUCGUCUCGCGCUGGUGACCACUAGGAACUCUGCAACGUCCUGGCAUCGUCGUCUUGGUCAUCCAUCCUCUAAGUCGUUAUCCCGU